AGUAUCUUCCCGCCCUCGCACGAGGGACGGGGAGGGGUGAAUGGAGUGGAGGCGAUUUCUCUGCCCCAGGGCUCCCCUCCCUGGCCUGGCACCAGCCUGCCAGCCGCGCAACUCGCGCUGCCCCCGGGAGGGGACCCAGGCGUCCGGAUCCCUCCCCGCCAGGCCUCCACGUCGCCGACCCGCGAUGGCCAGGCGCAGCUCGUUGUCCAUCCGAAUCGUAGAAGGGAAAAAUCUGCCUGCCAAGGACAUCACGGGCAGCAGCGACCCCUACUGCAUCGUGAAAGUGGACAAUGAACCCAUCAUCAGGACAGCCACUGUGUGGAAGACCCUGUGCCCCUUCUGGGGUGAGGAGUAUCAAGUCCAUUUACCUCCCACGUUCCACGCGGUGGCCUUCUAUGUCAUGGAUGAGGAUGCUCUCAGCCGGGACGAUGUUAUUGGGAAGGUCUGCCUCACGAGGGAUAUGCUAGCCUCUCACCCAAAGGGAUUCAGUGGCUGGACCCACUUAAUGGAGGUGGACCGGAAUGAGGAGGUGCAGGGCGAGAUCCACCUGCGCCUGGAGGUGGUGCCGGGGACCCAUGCCAGCCGGUUGCGCUGCUCAGUGCUUGAGGGCAGGGAUUUAGCCCCAAAAGACCGAAAUGGCGCGUCUGACCCUUUCGUCCGAGUGCAUUACAAUGGCCGGACCCAGGAGACCUCGGUGGUGAAGAAAUCCUGCUACCCACGCUGGAACGAGACAUUUGAAUUUGAACUGGAGGAGGGAGCAGCAGACGCAUUGUCCGCAUUGUCCGUGGAGGCCUGGGAUUGGGACCUUGUUAGCCGGAAUGACUUUCUAGGCAAAGUGGUUGUCAAUGUCCAGAGACUGUGUUCAGCCCGGCAGGAAGAAGGCUGGUUCCGGCUGCAACCUGACCAGUCCAAAAGCCGACGAGGCGAGGGCAACCUGGGCUCCUUACAGUUGGAGGUGCGGCUGCGGGAUGAGACAGUGUUGCCAUCCAUCUGCUACCAGCCUCUCGUGCAGCUUCUGUGCCAAGAGGUGAAACUGGGCACCCAGGGCCCAGGGCAGCUGAUUCCCAUCAUCGAGGAGACAACAAGUGCUGAGUGUCGCCAGGAAGUGGCCACCACCCUGCUCAAGCUCUUCCUGGGGCAGGGACUGGCCAAGGACUUUCUGGACCUGCUUUUUCAGCUGGAGCUGGGCCGAACCAGUGAGGCCAACACCCUCUUCCGGAGCAAUUCUCUGGCCUCAAAAUCCAUGGAGUGUUUUCUGAAGGUGGCAGGAAUGCGCUAUCUGCAUGGCAUCCUGGGCCCCAUAAUUGACAGAGUGUUCGAGGAGAAGAAAUAUGUGGAGCUGGACCCCAGCAAAGUGGAAGUUAAGGAUGUAGGGUGCUCUGGGCUGCACCGCCCACAGACGGAGGCCGAGGUGUUGCAGCAGAGCGCACAGACGCUGCGUACCCACUUGGUGGCGCUGCUGAGUGCACUAUGCCGCUCGGUUCGCGCAUGCCCAGCUAUGGUCCGCGCCACUUUCCGGCAGUUGUUCCGGCGCGUGCGGGAGCGCUUCCCAAGCGCCCAGCACCAGAAUGUACCAUUCAUCGCUGUCACUAGCUUCCUGUGCCUGCGCUUCUUCUCUCCUGCCAUCAUGUCCCCCAAGCUCUUCCAUCUGCGAGAGCGGCAUGCAGAUGCUCGGACCAGCCGCACGCUACUCCUGCUGGCCAAGGUAGUGCAGAAUGUAGGCAAUCUGGACACACCGGUCUCCAGGGCCAAAGAGGCGUGGAUGGAACCGCUACAGCCCACUGUGCGCCAGGGUGUGGCACAGCUGAAGGACUUCAUCACCAAGCUCGUGGACAUAGAAGAGAAGGAAGAGCUGGACCUGCAGCGGGCAUUGAACUCGCAGGCACCGCCUGUGAAGGAGGGACCGCUGUUCAUCCAUAGGACCAAAGGCAAAGGCCCUCUUGCGUCCUCCUCGUUCAAGAAACUGUACUUCUCUCUCACCACGGAAACCCUCAGCUUCGCCAAGACAUCCAGCUCCAAGAAAAGCGCCUUCAUCAAGCUCGCCAGCAUCCGGGCUGCGGAGAAGGUGGAGGAAAAGAGCUUUGGCAGCUCCCACGUCAUGCAGGUCAUCUAUGCAGACGAUGUUGGCCGGGCCCAGACUGUCUACCUGCAGUGCAAGUGUGUGAAUGAGCUGAACCAGUGGCUGUCUGCACUGCGUAAGGUGAGCGUCAACAACACGGGACUCCUGGGUUCAUACCACCCUGGCAUCUUCCGCGGGGACAAGUGGAGCUGCUGUCACCAGAAGGACCGGACAGACCAGGGCUGUGACAGGACCCACUCUCGGGUGACCCUGCAGGAAUGGAAUGACCCCCUGGACCUUGACCUUGAGGCUCAGCUCGUCUAUAAGCACCUGCUGGGUGUGGAGGCAGCACUUCGGGAGAAGCAGCGGCUACUGAGUGGAGAAACAGAAACAAGCUCACCCACAGACCGUGGUGGAGCUCCCAAGGACCCGCUGGCCCAGUUGCUUUGUGUGCUGCAAGACCUCCGGGAAGCCCACAGCUCCAGCCUGGCUGGCGCAUCACCCAGAGAGCCCCAUCACCUUCUAGAGCUACAGACGUGAGGCGUACGCCGAGCCUGGCAGGUGUUUGGAGAACCUUGACAUGCUCAGGACCCUUGUCACGGUCAUCUCUUCAGGGGAGGCCGUAGCCUAACAUGGUCUUCUCCAUGUCUGUGGGGGACAGCGGUGGCACCUGUGUCUUUGGGAGACCUGACUGCUUCUGUAGUCCCUGCGGCCCGGAUUCUGCACCCAGGAGACCAGGUUGCCCACCUUGGCCUGCCUCACUCCCAGCCAUCACAUCACCGUUGCCCCCGUGUGACCCUCUAGGUCGGGUGUCACGGUGCUCUACUGUCAUUAAUAAACCUGCUGUGACUGCUGA